GAGUGCCCAUGUCAUUAAACAAUAAUAAUUCGCUUGUUUACCACCUUGCCUCGAUUUUCUCAACCCCCCAAGAUUUGAAUCAGGAAGCCUCCUACCUCAUUCCUGCUCCUCCUCUCUCUCUAUAUCCAUACAUAUUUCUGCCCGGUUUUCACCUCUCCACUUCCUUCCCCCUUUCGACCCCCACAACCCAACCUUUUCCAGCAGAGUUAUAUGGACCUCCUUUCCUCAUCCAGCCAUCCUCCAUUCCCAUGGCUCUGAAUCCCACACCUCCCUCUCCCUCUCCACUUCAAAUUUGAAACCUCUGCAAAAUUAAUCCUCCAUCAACCAAGACGACAGACAUUUUCUUCACUUCACCCCAGCAGUGACUGGCUGACUGACUGACUGAUCAUCACCAUCACCAUCGUCAUCAUCAUACAAUGGCACAGAAGCACCUGAGAGACCUGCUCUGCGAAGACCAAGAGCCCUUUCUCCUCACCAGCUACGUCGCCGACCUGAAGUCCCAGCUCACCAGCCCCACCAAAAGCAGGAAGCUCAUAAAGCCGGCUGCCCCCACCAAGACACCCGCCAGCUUCGCCGGAACCUUCUGCAAGAACGUCUGCCUCUUCUCCGUCCUCCCCGACUCUCCCGACCCCAGGAAAUCCCCGCUCUUCGACUUCGCCGCCUCCCCCCACAAGAGCCCCAACAGGAUUUUCCUCCACGUCCCGGCCAAAACCGCCGCCAUGCUUCUCGAAGCGGCGGUAAGGAUACAGCAGAAGAGCGCCUCCUCCGUUAAGCCGAAGCCCGUGAAGAAGGGGCUUUUCGGGUCGUUACUGAAGCGGCUGACCCAUCGGAACCGGGCGGGCCCGGCCAGGGAAAUCGAGAGCCACCGGAGGAGAUCCUUCGGGGCGAGCAGAGGUGAUGCUGCGAAGAACAUGGAGAUGAAAUGUGCGGCGGAGAAGAGCGCGUCCCCGUGCGGCUGCAGAGGCCACAGCAGGCGGAGCAGCGGGCUGUGGUCCGAGAGCAACGGCGAGAGGUCUCUCGACUUGGAGACCUCGACUAGUGGCAGCGACUCGGUGGAAUUGGCUGCGGAGGAGGAAGAAGUGUAUGCAGCUUUCGAUGAGAGCUUCUGCGAGAGUCCUUUCAGAUUCGUGCUCCGGAGGAGCCCGUCGUCCUCCGGCGAACGGACGCCGGACUUCGCAUCUCCGGCGGCGUCCCCGGCUCGCCACGGCAAACAGGAAAUCAACCGCUACGAUCUAGAGAGCUCAAACAAAUUGAACACGGAAGAAGAAGAGGAAGAGAAAGAACAGUGCAGCCCUGUAUCGGUGCUGGAACCUCCGUUUGAGGAUGGCCAAGACCAGGAAGAGGAGGACGAUGACGCGCUCGACUACGAAUGCGGUUUCGCCAACGUACAGAGAGCAAAGCAGCAACUCUUGGAGAAGCUUCAUAGAUUUGAGAAACUUGCAGAACUGGAUCCUGUUGAGCUAGAGAAGAGAAUGCUAGACGAUGACAAUGAUGAUGAAGAGGAAGAAGGAGAUUAUGACUAUAUCUCGAGGGCGGAGGGAAGUGAGGAUGGUCAAGAACCAGAACCAUCGGAUGAUGAGCUCAGAACUGACCGUUGUAUCACAGAAAUCCUUAAAUCAAGGUUCGACAACGUGAAGAAAAUUCCUAAUGAUAUGAAAAGGUUGGUUUCGGACUUAGUUGCUGAAGAAUGGGGUAGGGAAAACGAGCUGGGAGCAACGGUUACGAGAAGGGUUUGUGAGCGGUUCGAGUCGUGGAAGAGGGUGGACUUGAACACCAUUGACAUGAUGGUGGAGAAGGACUUUAGAAGAGAACUUGACGGAUGGUGCUGGAAGGAAAAUCAAGACCAGGCUGCAGAGAUCGUGUCCGGGAUAGAAGUCACUAUAUUCCGGUCACUGGUGGAAGAAUUGCUAGAAGAUCUAUACUAACCAGCCGGGACCCCGGAAUGGGAAGUCUUAUGAUGAGAAAGCUUGAGCGUACAUAAAAGCAACCCGGUUUAGUGUAAGAUCACUGCUAUCUCGAAGGACAACGUUGUUCCUGACAACGAUUCGAGAGUGAUAUGCAGUUCGGUCUGACAGGGGGCACACUGUGCCCGGCACAGUAGAGCACAUUGUUCAUCUUUCAUCGUGGAUGUUACCGUUUUUAGGCGACAAAACGCCUCCGCCGUCCAAAAAGAGAUUGUAGAAUGUAAAAUUCCAGCUCCGUAAUCAAUUUCUCAUCUAAACUAGUUGUUCUUUUUCUUUUUCCCCCCUUGAAAUAAUUGUUUCUCAUUC